CGUCGCGCGGCAGCGGGCACGCGCAGGCGCUGCCAUGGCGACGGCGGCGGAGCAGCAGGCGCGGGCCGCGGCGCGGGAGGAGGCCCCAGCCCCGGAUGGGGCCCGCGAUGAGGCCGCGGCCGGCGCCGAGGAGACGGUGAAGAUCAUCUGCCUGGGCGACAGCGCCGUGGGCAAGUCCAAGCUGCUGGAGCGGUUCCUGCUCGAUGGCUUCCAGCCCCAGCAGCUCUCCACGUUCGCCCUGACGCUGUACCAGCACCGCGCCCGCGUGGGCGGCCAGGAGGUCCGCGUGGACUUCUGGGACACGGCGGGCCAGGAACGCUUCCGGAGCAUGCACGCCUCCUACUACCACCAGGCCCAUGCCUGCAUCAUGGUGUUUGAUGUGCAGCGGAAGGUCACCUACAAGAACCUGAACAGCUGGUACAAGGAGCUGAGGGAAUUCCGCCCAGAAAUCCCAUGCAUUGUAGUGGCCAACAAGAUUGAUGCGGAUAUGAAGGUGACCCAGAGAAGCUUCAACUUUGCCCGGAAGUUCAGCUUGCCCUUUUACUUUGUGUCUGCUGCCAAUGGCACCAACGUGGUGAAGCUCUUCAACGACGCCAUCAGACUGGCUGUGGCUUACAAACAGCACUCAGGAGACUUCAUGGACGAGAUCCUGCGGGAGCUGGAGAGCUUUGAUCUGCAGAACACAAGCAAGGAUUUGUCAGAUAAAGGGAAGAGCUGCACUGAAGAGGAGCCCUCAUCUGCCUAGGCCUGGACCCUGAGCCUAUUUUCCCCUUGGCUCUGGACUUCUGGGGCCUGCAUGGAGGACAGUGAUGCUUCUCAUGCCCUAGAGCUGUGGUGAUGGGCAGCUGGGCCUCUUCCCUUGUGGGAGUCUGCCUGGGCAGGAUCUUCAUUGGCUCAGCCCUUGCUGCUGCACACUUCGCUCAGGAGAGGGAUGGGAGAAUCCACAUGAUUCUGCAUGGAUGGUGGCUCAUUCCUACUGCUCCUUCAGGACAGAGCUGCCUGGGAGAAGUGAGCCAUCCUGGACCUGCAGGAGGUAUCCUGCCCAGGCGCUGUAGUGGUACCUGCUGCAGAAAGCAAACACUAAAGGAUAUUUUUUACAAAGCUA